CAUAGAUACUUCGAAAAUGAUUAGAAACGUCCAGGUCUGUUGUUUUCUGGUAGUCUGUGCAGUCAUCUAUGUGCAAGCAUUAGAUGGGCACUCAUACCAUGAUUAUCAAGAAAAGUAUACAGAAGUUGAAACCCACCACAAGAAACCUAUUAUUCCCAUCAUCAAGCAACACUUUGAUAGGCACCAUGAAGGAUGGCAAUUCAGUUACGAGACUGGAAACGGAAUAAUCGCUCACGAAAACGGCUACAUAAAAAACAAAGGCGACAAACACCACGAAACGAUCAUCCAACAGGGAAAAGUGACCUACCACGACGAACACGGCCAUCCCAUCACCUUAACGUACAUCGCCGACGAACACGGAUUCCAAGCCCAUGGUGAUCAUUUGCCGACUCCACCGCCAAUUCCUGAAGCCAUCCUGAAGGCGCUGCAUCAAAACGCUCAGGAGCCUCAGGAGGAACAUCAACAGCAUGCUCACACUUACGUUGCACAACAACAGGACGAGGGGUAUGAGCAUUUGUAUCAGCAGCAACGUGAGGAGCAGUAGUUUUAGGAUUCUUCUUGUUGGUGUUUCUCAGGGUAGCACUACGACUCAAAUUUCUUGCCAAAUAUGUUCUAAAUUGUUCCUUUGUUAUUUAAUUGUUUGUUCUUGUUGUUUUGUUGCUG